AUGUCGUCAACACUGGACAAAUACUGUGGUUCCACCUUUUGGAAUGAUUCGUACUUGGACCGACCAGAUCCUGACUUGCCGGUCUGCUUGGAGCAGACUGUCCUGGUGUGGAUUCCUCUGGGAUUUUUCUGGGUCUGCGCACCACGGCAACUCCCACCUUUAUUCAGCUCCAAACAGAGAGGGGUCAGAAAUUCCAAACUCUACCUAGUAAAGCAGGCCCUCGCUUGCUCGCUGCUGCUGACCUCUGCCAUCGGGUUGAUUAUCACAUUGUUGGAAGACUACAGUGACUACAGGGACCCCACACCUGAGACACUGAAUCCUCUGGUUCUGUAUGUGAACCCUUCCAUUUACACAGCAACUUGGUUGAUGGUGUUGCUCGUCCAUGAGAGCAGAAAGCGAGUGAAUGAUAAGAACUCCCCUUACCUCUUCAUAUUCUGGCUGCUGUCCGUUCUGUGUGGUGUCUUUACACUGCAGACUCUAAUCAGACUGGCUAUUAGAGAGGGAAGCCCCCCUGAUCUACCACGUUUCUCAUUGUUCUGCAUCUCCUACUGUCUUCAGUGGAUCUCCUUAAUUGUCUCCUGCAUUUCUGACGUAUCUUCCGAAGUUAAAGCUGCUGCAAAGAAGAAUCCACAGUUAUCUGCAUCCUUCCUCAGUGAAAUAACGUUCCACUGGUUUUCCAGCAUGAUGCUGAAGGGAUACAGAAAACCGCUGGAGGCUAAACAUCUGUGGGAGUUGAAUGAUGUUGAUAGAACGCAAGUGAUUUAUACCAAGUUUGAGCGACACAUGAUGCAAGGCCUGAAGGAGGCACAGAGGAAGAUGGAAGGAAAGCGGAACAAGCAAAUUCACAAAGAGACAGAACAGAUGAAUGGCUUUAGCAGGAGCACCAGUCAGGACAUCCUAGUCCUGGAAGAAAAGACCAGGAAAGACAAAAAGAAAAAACCUGAGAAACCGAAAGCCACACCAACGGUGCCUGUGGGGUGGCUGGUGCUGUCCAUGCUUAAAAAUUAUCGACACAUCCUCAUCAAGGGAGUCAUUUUUAAAUUGCUCCACGACACACUAAUGUUUGUCAAUCCACAACUGCUGAAGCUAAUGGUUUCCUUUACUGAGGACAUAUCGAUUUACCAGUGGAUGGGGUAUCUGUAUGCCGUGCUGUUGUUUGUCGUUGCCUUGUUUCAGUCUCUCCUGUUGCAGCAGUAUUUCCAGUGCUGCUUUCUGUUGGGAAUGCGAGUGCGGACAGCAAUCACAGCAGCUGUCUACAAGAAGGCCCUGAAAAUAUCCAACACAGCCCGCAAGGAAUCGACGAUGGGCGAGAUUGUGAACUUGAUGGCUGUGGAUGCACAGAGAUUCAACGAUGUCACAAACUUCAUCCAUCUGCUGUGGUCGGCUCCUUUGCAGAUUUUGGUGGGGGUUGUUUUCCUGUGGCAGGAGCUGGGGCCCUCGGUCUUGGCCGGUCUGGCAAUCAUGAUUCUACUGAUCCCCAUCAAUGGGGUACUGAUGAGCAAAAUCAAGGACCUACAGAUGAGCAACAUGAAACACAAGGACCAAAGGAUGAAAUUAAUGAAUGAAAUUCUGAAUGGAAUAAAGGUGAUGAAGUUUUAUGCUUGGGAGCCAUCGUUUGCAGAACAGAUCUUUGGAAUAAGGGAGAAAGAGUUGAAGGUGAUGAAGAAAUCCUUCUAUCUAUUGGCCGUUGCUAUUUUUGUUGUCACAUGUACACCCUUCAUGGUGACUCUAACCAGCUUCGGUGUGUAUCUCGCUGUGGAUCCCAGAAACAUUCUUGACGCUAAGAAAGCCUUUACCUCCAUCUCACUGUUCAACAUUCUGCGCUUUCCGCUGAUGAUGCUGCCCAUGGUGAUCUCAUCAAUGGUCCAGGCUGGGGUUUCCUGCAAAAGGCUGGAAGCGUUUCUCGGAAGUGAAAACCUAGACACAUCAGCAAUUCACCAGGAUCCCAGCUGUGAUUCUGCAAUCACCUUCACAGAAGCCACCUUUUCAUGGAAUAGAAAUGAAACUCCAACCGUCAAGAAUGUGACCCUGAAUAUCAAACCAGGCAAACUGGUAGCAGUGGUGGGGCCUGUGGGGAGUGGCAAGACCUCUUUGAUAUCUGCGCUACUUGGAGAAAUGGAGAACAUCAAAGGAUUCAUAAAUAUAAAGGGUUCAUUUGCCUACGUGCCUCAGCAAGCAUGGAUCCAAAAUAAUACUCUCCAGGACAAUAUCUUGUUUGGUCUGGAGUGGGAAGAGUCUCGAUACCAGAAAGUCCUAGAGGCCUGUGCUCUUCUGCCAGACCUGGAGUUAUUACCAGCUGGGGACCAGACAGAGAUUGGAGAAAAGGGUAUCAAUCUGAGUGGAGGACAGAAGCAGCGGGUUAGCCUUGCGAGGGCAGUGUAUAGCGAUUCAGAUAUCAUCGUACUGGAUGACCCACUCUCUGCUGUGGAUGCACAUGUGGGAAAACACAUCUUUGAGAAGGUUAUUGGUCCAAAUGGUCUGCUAAAGAACAAGACUCGAAUCCUCGUGACUCACGGAGUCACGUUUCUGCCUCAAACAGAUGAGAUUGUGGUUUUGGUGAACGGUGAAGUGUCUGAAGUGGGCUCGUACAAGACACUGAGGGCGAACAGGGGGGCAUUUGCAGACUUCCUGAAUACCUACGGAGAAGGGAGUCACAGUGAGGAGGGAGAGCCAACAGGUAUGGAGUCAGCCGUCAAAUUUCCCGCCUUUACAAUUCCCACAGGGAUACCAACAAUUCCAUCUGUGGAUCCGAGUGAGGCGAUAACACUGAGCCUGAAACGGGAGAACAGUGAACGGGCUAGAAGCAGGAACAGCAUUAGAGUGUCUCUGAAGAAGGCCAAGAGGGACAAGAACCUGGUGUCACAGAAGGAAGGGCAAGUGGAAAUGGUGAAGGGCCAGAAACUGAUAGAGAAAGAAACCAUGGAAACAGGCAAGGUGAAGUUCUCAAUCUACUGGAAAUACCUCCGUGCUAUUGGCUGGUGGUACUCACUGCUGAUAAUCCUGUCGUACAUCACCCAGAACGUGGCAACCAUUGGGCAGAACCUCUGGCUCAGUGACUGGACCAAUAAUGCCAGCCACUACAUCAACACCACCUACCCAAUAUCCGAGCGUGAUUGGCGACUUGGCAUCUUUGGUGUUUUGGGCGUCGCACAAGCUGUCUUCGUGCUCCUUGGAGUAUUUCUGAUGGCAGGAGGGUCCAUUGUCGCUUCCAGGGACUUGCAUUCGCGCCUACUGCAAAACAUCCUCCAUGUUCCCAUGCUGUUCUUUGACACCACUCCGACUGGGAGGAUCAUCAAUAGGUUUUCUAAGGAUAUUUAUACCAUCGACGAAACUAUUCCAAUGUCGUUCCGGAGUUGGCUGUCCUGUUUCUUCGGUGUGCUCGGCACUCUGGCCGUUAUAUGCCUGGCUACACCUUAUUUUACCAUCGUCAUUGUCCCACUAGUUGUCGUUUACUAUUUCAUCCAGAUCUUUUAUGUCGUGACAUCGCGGCAACUUCGGCGUUUAGACUCCGUGACCCGGUCGCCCAUCUAUUCUCACUUCAGUGAGACAGUCUUGGGUUUGCCAGUAAUCCGAGCGUACAGACACCAGGCUCGCUUCCUGGUGGACAACGAGAAAAUCAUUAAUGAAAAUCAGAAAUGUGUCUUUGCUUGGAUUAUUUCGAACAGGUGGCUUGCAAUCCGUUUGGAAUUUCUUGGUAACUUGGUGGUGUUUUUCGCUGCACUGUUUGCUGUUAUAUCCAGAGGCAAUUUGGAUAGUGGUCUGGUCGGUCUGUCUAUUUCGUACGCACUGAAUGUAACCCAGGCACUGAAUUGGCUGGUCAGGCAGACAUCGGAACUGGAGACCAACAUUGUGGCUGUGGAGAGGGUUUCUGAAUACACUGUGCUGGACAAUGAGGCUCCUUGGACCACUGACCAUCAGCCAGAAAAGAGCUGGCCGCACAAGGGGGAGAUUAAAUUCUUGGAUUACAAGGUUCGUUACAGACCUGAGCUGGAUUUGGUGCUACAUGGGAUCAGUUGUGAAAUUCAGCCAAAUGAAAAGGUUGGCAUUGUUGGGAGGACAGGCGCUGGGAAGUCCUCACUGGCCAACUGUCUGUUUCGCAUCCUUGAGUCAGCCGGGGGCAAGAUCCUCAUCGACGGAGUGGACAUCUCCACCAUCGGGCUGCACGACCUGCGGCAGAAACUCUCCAUUAUCCCGCAGGAUCCAGUAUUGUUCUCAGGCACGAUCCACAUGAACCUGGAUCCCUUCAGCAGGCACACCGAUGAGGAGAUGUGGCGGUCACUGGAGCUGGCUCAUCUGAAACAAUACGUGGCCAAUUUACCUGACAAGCUGCAGCACGAGGUCUCUGAGGGAGGCGAGAACCUCAGUGUAGGCCAGCGACAGCUCCUCUGUCUUGCCAGAGCCCUCCUGCGGAAAUCCAAGAUCCUCGUUCUGGAUGAGGCCACAGCAGCCAUCGAUCUCGAAACGGACGAUCUGAUCCAGACCACCAUCCGGAAGGAGUUUACAGACUGCACUGUGCUGAUCAUUGCACAUCGCCUGCACACCAUCAUGGACUGCACCAGGGUGAUGGUUUUGGACGCUGGAAGAAUCAUUGAAUUUGACAGUCCCUUCAAGCUCCUCCAAAAACAAGGAUUCUUCUAUAAUAUGGCAAAGGAUGCUGGGAUAACAGAGGCAGGAGCCACAGCCCUCUGACUGUCGCAUUGGACAGGAGAGCGUGACAGCUGACCAGGGGGAGCUCUGCUAUGGUGUUCGUUCAGGAGUGUUGAUGCUGUGAAAUUCAAUAUCUGAGGCACUCGGGACUUGACAACAGACUCUCAAAACUUCCUUUAUUUUCUAGAAUGAGCACAAAUUUGAUUUGAAGUGUUGCUGAAUCACGGCACAUGGCAAGCUCAGUCUGGCUGGAAUUUUAUCUGCAGCAUUUUAUUUGGGCGAGCUGGGUUAGAGCUGGGAGAUGAUCGAGUUGGGUACCAGGACUGGUGGCUCAAGCUUGGUGCAAACCAACUGAAAUUCCAAGUACAAGUCCAGCAAGAGACCCCCAUCACCAUUCUCUCUGAACCACAGUGGCUUCAUCUUCACAAACGCCUCAGCUUUAAUCACGUCAAAGAGUCAGGCUGGACUCGAAACGCUAAUUCUGUUCUUCCUUAUACAGAUGCUGCCGCAUCAUCUGCCUUUCUUGCCAUUUUGAGUUAGAAUUUUUACUCUGGUUUUAAGA